AUGCAACUCGAGAUUAAAAAUUUACAUAAUGAAACAUUUAAAAUUGAAUGCAAUAAAGAAGAUACGGUAAGAGCCGUCAAAGAAAUAAUAGCUGCAAAAGAUGAUCUAAGAGAAAAAUAUGAUGUUGAUCUACUUAAAUUACUAUGUAAAGGUAAAGUUAUGGAUGAUGAAGAUACAAUUGAGUCUUUCAAUAUACAAGCUGAUGGUUAUCUUCUUCUUGUUAAACAAACACCUGGAAAACCGAAACCACCACCAAAAAAGAAACCUAAUCAAGUAAUCAAUCCGUAUGGAUUUAAUUCAUCAUUUGGAAUGGGACCAAGUGCUUUUGGUCAAGGUUCACUUAUGCAACCAUCAUUGCAACCAUACGACUUCAGCAAAAACCAGUAUCCACAACAUCCAUUUCCAGCGCAAAUAGGAUUUCCAACGCAAACACAAUUUCCAGCACACACACAAUUUCCAGCACACACACAAUUUCCAGCGCACACACAAUUUCCAGCGCAAACAGGAUUUCCAACGCAAACACAAUAUCCAGCAUCUCACAUAACUGGUGGUAUGCCAAGUGGAGAAUCAAAUACUUUUCCAUCAGCUGCUGAACGUGAAGACGCUUUACAAACCUUGUUAUCAAUGGGUUUUGAACGUUCACUAGCUGAAAAAGCAUUACGUGCUAGUGCUUAUACUCCAGAACUUGCUAUAGAAUUCAUAACAUCCGGCAAUAUUCCUGAAACAAAUGAGGAAGUGCCUGAUCAUCCACCACUGGUACCUACACCAGUACAAUCACCAGAGAUUCCAAUUGUUCAACCAUUUCAACCAAAUCCGACUGCUAAUCUUCAUCAAGGCAUUGGAGGUGCAGGUAUGAAUCUCCAACAAAUAGGUCAAAUGCUGGAACAAAAUCCUCAACAACUUCAAGUAAUUAAAAAUGCAUUAAGAGCUGAACAUCCAGAAAUGGCCAAAAUGAUUGACGAAAAUCCAAAAGGAUUUAUUGACUUACUGAGACAAGCAGGAGGAAAUGAUGAUAAUCAAGCGUUUUCUGGUGGCAACGAUACUUCUACUAUUGGUGGUGCUCCUAUUGGUGGUGCAACUGGUGGUGCUGGUCAAGGUGGAAUAAAAGUCGAACUUACAUUUCAAGAGCAACAAACCAUCAAUCGAAUACAAGAUAUGGGUUUUGAUCGAAAUCGUGUUAUUGAAGCAUUUCUUGCUUGUGAUCGUAAUGAAGAAAUGGCAGUUAAUUAUCUUUUACAUGCUUACGAUUAA